CCUUUCUCUUUCGCGCAGGUGGUGGCGACGCUCUGCUGGUGGCCGUCACAUCUGCUUUCCCUCUCAAAGCGCUUUCUCAUUUCUGCGUUUUAUAACCCUCGCUUUCCUCGCGUUCCCCGGGCCAUCUGCUUCGAAAUCUCGCCGCCGCAAAUCGCAAUCUCAAACAUACCCGGUCUCCUCUUCGGUUGAGUGAUUCGAGCGAGCGGCGGUUGUUGCGGGAGACCGUGACAUGACGCCGUGGGGGCUCCGGGGAUCCAUUUCAUAAUGGCGUUUAGCACCAGCAGGUAGCCUGGCCGGCCCGACACUGCAAAUUUUGCAUCUAGUACUAAAGCUCGACUAUUGGAUCUUGAGGCUGAUUGGUUACGGACAUCCGGUGGAAUAGGUUGUCACUUUCCCUGUUGCGAAGUAAAAUUACAUUAAUCCUGGAAGAAAUUGAGGGAUAGCUGAGCGGUGAGUAGCAUUUCAUGGUUGGUAUGCUGCGGAGGAACUGCAAGAUCAUGCCAGUGAUGCUAGCCUAGUGGUGUAAUUGCUUGGGCAUCACGAGGAGGAUGCGUUGUGCACUGAGGUAGAACUCAUGAAAGUUGAGGAACAAACCGUGAAGGUCGAGAUGGGGCUCUUUGUUAAGGAAAGCGAAACAUUCAAGGUGCUGAAAGAGUUGGAGUCAACAAAGCAGGUUAUUGAUGACUUGAAGUUGCAGAUAGAGAAGGCAACAUCAGAGUGUGGAAAUGCAGCAACAGAUCAUGCUGAUACCAUGAAGAUACAUCCACCUCCUGAUAUAGAACGGAAAGUGGACGACCAUGCCGAGCCACUGAUCCAGAGCAUAAAUGCCAUACAGUCUCCACUAGCCACACUGAUGAAGCUGAAUCAGGCAAAAGCAUUCCUGAACAUGGACACUGUCAAGAUGUUCAAGUGCCAGAUAGAGGAGGAGAAAGCAUCCCUCGAGAGAACCCGUGAGAGGGUGCAGUUGAAUAUAGAGAAAGCUUCAGCAUUGGAAGCAGAGUUGAGCAAAACUGCCGCGCAGCUACAAGCAGCAAAAGACCCGAAACCUGCGCUGGAACCUUAUGACAUAUGGCUGCAGAUGAAGCAGUUGAAUGCCGAAAAAGACAAGCACAGGAAGAUGGUCGAGGACUCGAAGCUCGAGAUUGGUGAAUUGACUUCCACAAUUGAGCACACAAGAUCUAAGGCGAAGACUCUUCAGUUCAGGAUCGUCAUGGCCGAUAAAUUGAAGGAAGCCUCAAGGCGGGGAGAAGCUUUCGCCCUCGCGGCGAUGGGAAAAAGAAGCAACGUGGAGGACCCGGAGAGCGCUACAUCCGACGUCACACUUUCUGUUGAAGAACACUCCAAGCUCCUGCGCGAGGCGGAAGAAUCAGAGGUUGCCUCUAGGAACAGAAUAGACGCGGCAAUGCAGGAGCUGGAUCAGGCAAACCAGGGCAAGGUAGAACUUCUGGAAAGAGUGGACGAGGCAAUGGCCGCCGUCGAGUCCAGCAGGAAGGUUCUGGAGGAGGCCCUGAAGAGGGAGGAGUCCGCAAACAAAGCUAAGCUCGCAGCCGAAGAUGCUCUCCGGAGGCUGCGGUCCGACCAAAUAAUUCUGAACUGGCGACCGACCGGCAACAGUAACAGCAGAAAUAAUUCUGUGAAGUUCAAGACCUCGGCAACGCCAGCAACACCCCGAAAGGUGGGCACGGGGAUCUACGACGUGAACGGCCUGAGCCUGGUGGCCACCACGCCGAAGAGCACCAAGGCCAUGUCCAUCGGGCAGAUCCUGAGCAUGAAGCUCGACUGUGAGUUUGAGACUGCCACUGGGAAGACUACUGGUAAGACGGCGAGUUCAGCGAAGAAGAAGGAGGUGUCUCUGGGGCAGAUGCUCAGCCAGAAGUACGAGAUGUACUCGCCGAUGAGGAUAGAUCAUGAUGGCGCGUCCCGCAAGCAGUUCCAGCCCAGGCGGCGCAGGCUGGGGUUCGUGGUGUACGCGCUGCUCCUGGCCAGGCAGAAGCACAGGAAGAGGCAGCAAGCCCGGGCAUCCUCCUGCACCAAGGUCGUGUAGCAUAGUGUAGUUAGUAUCUUUCCAGACCGUAGUACUUUACUAAGCUGUGUUUUUACAACCGGAAUAAAUGGUGCUCCUGGUUCAGCCCACAAUUUACAACCGGAGUACUACUGUACUAGUAGUAGUACAUGUGUAAUUAGUUGGUAUAUGCUAUAUGAUCAAGGUGGAUGUUUAGCA